UAACAACGAAACUUCACACAGACGACACACGUAUUUGUAUUCCUUGAAUUAAAAUCCUGACAUUCUAAAUAUUGAUUCACAAAGCUGCGGAUAAAAGAUUGCAUUUAAUUGGCGAUCAACAAGCAUAAGACGUCUUAACAACAUUAUGUUCAUCAUCUCUCCAUAGUAACUAGUGAUACCAGGAGCUAGGAAUAUGAUGAAGGGUGUCCGCCAAGUUUACCAUUUUCUGAAAUCACUUCCAGUUGCAAUGACUUCAUCAGUGUUGGUUCUCCUGCCACUUAUGUGUCUGUUAACAAGCCCUGGGAUUGGUCAGAUAUGUAAUACAUCAGGGUGGUUGGAGUUUGAGAAGAAUCAGUAUAUUUUCGUGGAUGAUCCUGAUUUUAGGACAUACCGUGAUGCUAUGAAUUAUUGUCGAUCACUAGGCGGGUACCUGGCCUUCAUUACUUCUAAUGAACAGAACGCAUUUCUGAACACAUUUACAUUGAAAUCUGGUUAUUACAAUUACUGGAUUGGCCUGAAUGACCUUGAUGGGGACGGUAUAUACACAUGGAUAAACAGAACUACAAUGUCAGGGUAUUCGAACCUACGUCCAGUGUCACAAAGGCCUGCAGGGGAAUGUAUUCUGCUAAGAGCUCGAUAUGGUGGACAAUGGGAGGAGUCCACCUGUACAAAGCCGCGUCGACAUAUCUGCCAACGCCCUAAAGACGCUCGAUGUUCUUGGAACCAUUAUGGACAUUCCUUCUAUCGUUUUCUGGGUGCUAGAAAAUCCUUUGCUGCAGCCAAGAAUGAUUGUAUGAGGAGCGGUGGAAGAUUGGCGAUUAUCAAAUCAACAGAAUUGAACGCAUUUCUAACAUCUAUUUUAUCACCUGCCCUUUCAUCUCCUCAUUGUUACUGGUUUGGUUUGAAUCAAAGUUCAGAUAAUGGUCCGUUUAACUGGGAAGAUGGUACUCAAAUGACCAACCCUAUGUGGGUUUUCGGGGAGCCAUCUAAUUCUACAGGACGGUCAUGUGGAUGUCUGAGCUCUGAUGGUAACGAUGGUGACAAUCAUGGUCGAUGGGCAAGCGUGAAUUGUACACAUAGGCUGCCUUACAUCUGCGAAAGGCCACAAGUCCCAAUUAUUGGUGAAUGGAUAGUUCUUCCAUCACUACCAAGCGUUCAGUAUUACUUUUCUUCAUUUUCAACUAACUAUUUCAACGCAAGCGAAUAUUGUCAACAAAUAGGUGGACAGCUGGCGCAGUUGAAAACACGACAUAUUUACUUACUAAUGGUAGAUGAAUUCGGAAACCGUGGAGUCAAAAGUUUUUGGUUUGGCCUUGAUGAUCUGAGCAAGGAAGGCGAUUUCCGAUGGAGUGACGGGACAUUGUUACGAAAAACAGGAUUCUCUAAAUGGCAUAGCGAUAACCCAGAUAACCUUCACGGGUGGGAACAUUGUGUUGAAUAUAAUUAUGACCAAGGAGAAGGUUGGAAUGACCUUCCCUGCGGGCGUCUACGAAAGUUUAUCUGCGAGAAAAAAAAAGUACCGCCUCUACAUCUUCUUGUCAUGACUGCAUCACCUUUUGGGAGCAUCGGGACGGCUCCAAGUUUCUCUUGCAUUCUUUCACCUGACAACGCAAAUGAUACAAUAACGUACACUGAGAGAGUAGUACAACCAAGCCUUACUACUGAAGGAUAUUCACUUGAGGUACCGGGGACGAACACAUCUCGAGUUGGCGGCUUUAUACAAGAGCUACCUGAUGACAUGACGUCUGUAGGCGUUUAUAGAUGCACUAGUACUAGUACCUCUCCAAUCACCGGUACUUCAACAUCAGCAGAUGUUACAAUACUCUCACAUGAAAGACAUUUUCAACCAAGAGACGGUCGCCUUACCAAAACAAUUUAUCCAGGUGACGACAUCACGCUCUCAGUGUCUACCACUGAUAGGUAUUCAGCAGGGCCGGAUGAAAUCCGUUGGAGCACUUUCUCAAACUUUGCUGAAGGAUCUUUGUCUCCAGAGGGAGAUGGAAAUCUGACCUAUACUAUUCAUUCAGCAACUAAGAAGAAUUCAGAUAUCUACGGAACAUUCCAAAAUAAUACAGUGAACAACCGUCUCUACAGCUUGAUUCGUGUCAUAGUUAGUGAUUGUCCCCGUGGCCGAUGGAACCUACCGUUAUGUGAUCGUUUGUGUGAUAACUGCUACAAUGGAGGAAUCUGUCAUCCUCAAUCAGGAGCGUGUAUCUGUCCUCCAGGAUUCAGGGGCAAGAAUUGCCUCACCGCAUGCGGCAAGCAUCGUUUUGGAUGGGAGUGUGAACUCGAAUGUGGUCCUGGGAACGUUCUGGAUGCUUGCAGCGGAAGUCAAAUCUGUCUACCCGAUCCCUACGGAUGCAACUGUCUCUCUGGUUAUACAGGAAUAUACUGCGAUGAACAAUGUAGCCCUGGUAAGUAUGGCGUUGACUGUCUUCAAGAUUGUCACUGUGAUGGAGGGAAACCAUGCGAUGCUUUCACUGGAAGAUGUGAAGAAAGUAAGACAAUACUCUAUCAUAAGCGUAGAUUCAGAUUGUUAUUUGGAAAUCCCCCUUUGGUCUUAUCGUUGGUGGCGCUAAAUCGAUCCGACGCAGUUUCCAAACCUGUGACUUGCAACACCGAUGGAUUCAUUAAGAGCAUUUCCACUGAUAAAAACAGAGAGGCAAAAGAUCAAUUCCCGCAGUAUGGAGAUCCAGGACCUAGUCAAUCAAUGAAACCUUCAGAGCAAACCCCUUUAGUGGACCUACCAACUCCUCGAGAAGGUUUAGAUGAGGAUUACCAUGAUUACGAAGUAAUAAGAACUGCAGUAGAGGAAUCUGUAAAGGACAAGCCAGAAGAUCGCCGUUUCCCAGUACCUGUCUCAGAGUUUAUCACCUUUGUUGAGAGCAAUAGGCUCACUGACAUGUUCUCUGAGGAGUUCCUCACCCUAGCAAGGAUUUGUCCUGACCCUUCAGCAUUGUUGGUAAGAACUGGUUUGGAGAAAUGCAACCGGUCAAAGAGUCGUAAUGCCAACAGCCAUCCAUUUGACCGGAACCGAGUAAUCCUGGAGUCUCAAGGCUCUUCAGGGUCAAACUUCAUCGAUGCCAGCUAUGUUAAGGGUAAUCGAUGCAGGUUCAUAACCACACAGAUGCCCAUGCCUAACACAGUCGCUGAUUUCUGGGACGUGGUUUUUUACAAUCAACCCUCCGUAAUCAUCAUGCUUAAUGAUGUUGACAGACGUGACAUGUGUUAUGCACAAUACUGGCUGGACGAUGGUGUUGCUACUUUUGGAUCUUUCUCUGUCACUACAUUGUCUGUCACUGAGAAAGGAGGGCUGAUAGAAAGGAAGAUGGAAGUGACCAGCAAUAAAUCAAAGACUUGUCAUCUGGUGAAGCAGUAUCAGUUCCUCGACUGGCCAACAGAGGCAGGGCAACUAAAGAACCGAGCCCUUCAACUAAUCAAUCUGAUGGCAAAAGUGGAGGACGCUUUUAAAAGAGCUCCAGAGGGGUUUCCAGUUCUUGUUCAUUGCAUCAAUGGGGUUGGACGAACAGGUGUCUUCUGUAGCACGCUUGAGUGCAUUGCACAAGUAAACGAAGAGGGUGCUGUGGAUGUCUUUAAAGUGGUGAAGAUGCUUAGAAAUGAAAGGAUGCAUUUUGUACAAACCAAGGAAGAAUAUUUGCUCAUCUACGAGCUUAUUAAAGAAUACCUUCGUGAAAUUGAAAAUUACAUACAAGUGCUACCGUGACCGAGUGAAUCCUCAGCAGACGUCGACUCGAGGUGCCAUCGGUGAAAGUGAUCAUGUCUCCCGGUCAUGUCUAUACACAACUCUAAAACGGCGCCACCGAUAUCAAACUAGCGUGUACCCAGUACGCAUAUUACCAACAGGAAAGGACUCUUCCAACUAACGAAUCAAAAUCAGGGGCGUAACAGGGAUCAGGGGGGGGGGCAAGAGUAAAACAAUUCCUGGUCAUAAUCAUGGCAUGAACAGGCAGUGUGUAAUGAGGCAAAAUUUUGAGGGGGGGCAGAAUACAAAUAAAAGUUGCGAGAGAGCCAAAAUUUUGACAUUUUUAUUACAGAAACCAUAUUUAUGAGACAGAUUUCGACAUAGUAUUCAGAAAACCAUAUCAUUUUCAUCCUUCUCUCUUUCCUUUUCUUUCCUUGUUUAUUUUAUUUUUAUUGUCUUUACGCCACUGUGAAUUGGAUUAACUGCAUAGUUUCUUAACAUUUACUCAUUAUAAGUCAGUGUUCCAGAAAUUAACUGUAUACGAUCUAAAACAGUCAACUUUUAAUGAAAAUUGAUUUCAUUCACCGUCAUGUUUACCUGUUUUUUUAUUUGAAAUUAUUCUUAUAUUUCAAAAAAUAAAUAACGAAAUAUGAAGACAAUAAAAACAAUACGUUUGAUUAUGACAUAACAUAUAGUGUGGCAAAGUAAUUCAGUAUAAAAAUACAAAUAGAAUACUUGUAUAAGAAUUUCAAUAAAUGAGUGUGGAAUAUGAAGGAACCUGUAAAAAUCUGUGGAAGCAAAAAUAAACUCGUGAAAUGGGGGACAAUUAUUGACGGAAUUAUUGUGGUGUCUAAGAUGGGAAGCAGUGAUUUACAGGUAUGUGGUAAGGAGAUGAGGCACCCCCCCCCCCCCCCUCUUAAGAUGAAAUAAUAAUAAAUGAAUAAAUAAAUGGUCUCAAAGUGCGUAGAACCUUCUCAAACCGUACGUGAUGUUCGCGUUCUUAUAAUUCCUUCGAAACUCUUUUCUGUAGGCUCGGUAAUCAUCAUCAAGAAGGUCAAGAGACAAAUAGCAUUUGUAUUAGUACGUUCGCACUCUUUCCUCUUGUUAUGUAUCAUAGAGUAAUAAUGAUAAUUAACAUUAUUUGUAUAGCACUUAUAACAGCACCUGAUGUAUUAUCAUGAUUACUGUAUCGCACUAUGCAAAGGAUCAUUCGAUCAUCAUUAAAGAUGUUCAUCCAAAUUAAUUUGUCCUUUGAUUCAGCUUCAAACCUCUCGAUCUAGUUUUGAUGGCGCUUGAAUCUUUAGACUAUUGAGAUCAGGCUGCCAAUAUCAUUCCCCCCAAAAAAAGAGAAGAAAAAACUACAAAAAACACAGCGAA